UUGGUCAGUUUUCUAAAUCGGGACAUCAUGAACGUCAUGUAAACCUACGAGGACACAUGAGCAUUUUGCAAGUUUGACCAAAUUGGUGUCCAAAAACUUGAUUGGAACGUACUCUGUCGCUUUUAUUCUACUACUCAAGUCAGAGGAAGUAAUGUAUACAUAAAUACAGAAUUUCUAAGAUUUUCAUGGCCCUAAAUUACCACCGUAGAAGAUAAAAUGAUCAGAUGCACGGUAUACAAGCGUUCGCGCAAUAUGAUGUGAUCGUCUGCUUUUGAUGAAAGAUCCUAGAUUUAAGUCAUUUUUGGAGAUGUUUGAUCAACAAUCAACGAUGUCAAAGGUGUGGGUUUAGAAUUUCGAAAAAAGAUGCUAAUAUGGAACUGCCAAACAAUCUGAUCAGCACCAAACCUGCUGCAGCUGCAUCGGAAAGACGAGUUACUGAACAGUGUGUGCAAGCGGAUAGCUCAGUUUCUUGACAACAUGCCUCAGGGCCUGCCCUCCUCAGACAACCUCUUGGUUACGCCCAUCCCCAAGGGGAACACAGCCAGUCACACCUCACCGGGUCAUGCUUCACUGACCCCGCCAUUUCUUGUGACAAGCUCCAGCAUUUCCAUACCAGCCAGCAGGGUUGUCUCCUCGAUAGGUGACAGCAUGGUCAGCAGCAGGGUGAGGACUUACAGCAGUAGCUCCUCCCACCCGAGUCAGAGCCCCAGUGGUACGAGUGUUGAUAUUGUGGUGGCGACUGGUUCUCUGUCGUUGCCAAUCCCAGUGUCACAUGCAGACUCCACAAGUCCUAUGUCAACAUUGCCACAGAACUCUUGGGACCACAACCCACAUAAGUUGGUUGACCUUGUAGCAAAGGAGCAUGAUGUGCUGUUCCCGCAUGUCGAGUUGGAGCCUGUGCACGCGAAUGUGAUGACGGUCAGACGUAGGUACGGGCCGUUCUGUCCGUUGAUAGAAGUGGACGAGGAAAAGAAUGAUUGGGACAAGAGCAGAGAAAAAAUACACGUUGAUUUGCCCCUGAAUCUGGGAAGCACGAUGCAGCACCUGUACGCAAAACGCGACAACCAAAACAAGAAGAUGAAACAAGACCGCAAAACGGGGAAACCAGAAUAUCCAACCGCAGUCCAGCAACCUGACAUUCCUGUGGUUGUUCCGCAAGUUGACUGUGGCUACAGAAGUGACCCUGAGAAGGGUUCAAGGCUGAGACUAAUUGCGGAGGUCAAAGAAGGCAUGCGCAGGAUUCAGAGUCACCCAGAGUUAGACGAACUUGUGGACAUGAGAGAUGACGCAUCAAACCCGUUUGAACUCUACACAAGUAAGGCCAGCUCUCUGCCAGCUACACCCAACCACUCACCGAGACUGUUGCGUAAGACAAUGAAUACUGCGGCGGUGACAAUGGAGACUGGUGUGCAGUCUGCGCAGCGUGAACAGACUGAAGGGCCAGGUAUAUCAUUCCUGGCCAGUGUUGUAGGGGGAAUGCGAGUUCAUAAGGCCAAGUUGGAAAGACAGAGAGCAGAAGAGGAUAGGAUGAGGCAGAGACACACGCACGAGGCCAGUACUGUGGCCACAAGGGGAGUGGGCAUGGGUGUCACCGCGCUUACACAUGCGGACAUGAUCAUCACACAGACCGUGAACACUGCAAAGAGCUCAACCUCAGACUCUACCAGUCAAGUUAGGCCCACUGUGGGACCUCAGAGACUGGACACUAAUGAGAGUGACAGUAAAGGUGGCUUUGUGCAAAAUGUGAUCUCGUGGGGUACCAAAAAGAGAGUGAAUGUGGGUACAAAGGAGGAAAAUUUUUGGUCGCCUACGUCAUUUUGACGAGUAGGCAACUUUUGAAGUAACUUGAGAAUUUUAGUGGAUUGAUAUAUAGGUAGUUAUAUAUUAUUUUGUGUUGAUCUGAUGAAGGUUGUGAUACAAAAUUGUUCAGUAAAUCAUAUAUUGUAUCUUAUUCACCACACACUGUACUGCAAAACUAUUGAAGUAUUUUAUUCGAAGACAUUCCAUGUAAGGAUGUCAAAGACCCUUUAUCAUGCUUUAUAAUGCCAAAGAAAUUCUUGUUACUGAAUUAGUAUUCAUACUGUGAUAAAAAAAGAUUACAUUCUAUCUUAAUGAUAUUAUGAAUCAAUGCAAAACUGGAUGACAAGCUAAUAUGAAGAAUAUGCCCUGCUUUUUUAUGCUGUGUGCAAAAACAAAACAAAAUUAAUUACCGUAAUGAAAUAUUAAUUAAGAUUUUGUUAAUAUAUUGCAUCAUGAAACAUAAAUCAAAUAGAUGUAAAUGGUGUAAAAUCAUACUUAAUGGCAAGUACUAAAAAUGUGAUAAAUGAUUAUAUUUGGUGUUUUUUUCAGUGUCAACAUGUAUUUAUAUUUGCACAAACCACAUGUGCUAUACAUACUACCACAUACCUUUCCUGUGUUCUACCCACAAAGGCACUUCUGUGGUUUUGUUGAUGAGGUUACUGUCUGAAAACUAGAUCUUGUGAUUUCUCUCAGAAUUACAGGCUAUGGCUGGAUUUGCAGUCAGGUUCAAAUUAUUACAAUAAUCAUGUAGGGACUGUUAUAAUCUUGGUUAUUAAGACUUAAUGAAUUGUCAUGUAUGUUUGUUCAGGAUUCUAUUUAUUGCAGUCAUUCUUGAAUUAUAUCUUAAUAAGUAAACAUUUUUUUAAAUACAUGUAAUAUGUGUUCCUACAUAAUCUGGUAACAAAUAGUAAAUUUGAUGUUAUUAAAAUGUUUCCAUUGCAAAAUACAUUAGUUUUUUAGCUCACCUGAUUGCUCAGGUGAGCUUUUGUGACCGGUCUUUGUCCGUCGUAUGUCCGUCCGUCCGUUAACAUUUGCUCGUAAACACUCUAGAGGCCACAUUUUUUGUCCGAUCUUCAUAAUACUUGGUCAGAAGCUUUGUCCCAAUAAAAUCUCAGCCGAGAUCGAAACUGGGUUAUGCCGGGUCAAAUACUAGGUCACUAGGUCAAAAAAAAGAAAAACCUUAUAAACACUGUAGAAGUCACAUUUCAUGCCCAAUCUUCAUGUAACUUUGUUAAAAUGUUUGUCUUAAUGAUAUCUUGGUUGAGUUCAAAAGUGGUUCCGAUCUGUUGAAAAACAUGGCCACCAGUGGGCGGGGCAGUUUUCCUAAUUUGGCUAUAGAGAAACCUUGUAAACACUCUAGAAGUCACAAUUUUUGCCCAAUCAUCAUGAAAGUUGGUCAAAACAUUGGUUCAAUUGAUGUCUUGGAAGAGUUCGAAAAUGAUCGAGAUCGGUGAAAAAACAUGGCCGCCAGUGGGCGGGGUAUUUUUCUCUAUAUGUAUAUAGUGGCAGUUUCCCUAUUUGGCUUUAGAGAAACGUUGUAAACACUGUAGAAAUCACAAUUUUUGGCCAAUCAUCAUGAAAGUUGGUCAAAACAUUGGUUUUAUUGAUAUCUCGGACGAGUUUGAAAAUGGUCGGGAUCGGUGAAAAAACAUGGCCGCCAGUGGGCGGAGCAUUUUUCUCUAUAUGUAUUUACUGAAAACGUGAACACAGUAGAAGUCACAUUUUUGGCCAAAUUUUCUUGAAAUUUGCUCAGAACAUUUGUUUCCUUGAUACGAGAGUUGAGUUCAAAAAUGGUCCGGCCAGUUGAAUAACAUGGCUGCUCGGAGUGGGGCAGUUUUCUCAUUAUGCCCCCCCCCCCUUUCGAAGAAGAGGGGGUAUAUUGUUUUGCUCAUGUCGGUCCGUCCGUCCACCAGAUGGUUUCUGGAUGAUAACUCAAGAGCGCUUAUGCAGCGAUCAUGAAACUUCAUAGGUACAUUGAUCAUGACUCGCAGAUGACCCCUAUUGAUUAUCAGGUCACUAGGUCAAAGGUCAAGGUCAUUCCAAAAAACGUAUUCACACAAUGGCUGUCAAGGUCAAGGUCAACUUAGAAAAAUGGUUUCCGGAUGAUAACUCAAGAAUGCUUACGCCUAGGAUCAUGAAACUUCAUAGGUACAUUGAUCAUGACUCGCAGAUGAAAUAAUGAUGAAACUUGACCAGGAUGUUUGUCUGGACAAUAUCUAGAUCAAGUUUGACAUUUGGUAAAAAUUAAAUGAACCGACUCCUCUCAGGUGAGUGAACUAGGGCCAUCUUGGCCCUCUUGUUUGUGAUUCUAAUUAACAAAGUGUUCAUUUUAAGUAUUGAAUCUCAGAUGCAUAUUUUUUGUAAGACAUGUAAUCUGAAGGAAACAUGCGGCAUUUGUGUACAGUAUUAGCUAAUGAACCAUCUGUGUCAUGUCAGAAAUGUAUUGCACUUGGUCAUGGUGCAAACAAAGGUUGGUUAUAAUUUGUUUUAGUUGAACUAGUAAAUUAAUGAUAAUUGUAAAGAUACAACAUGUGUUUAAUAGUUGUUUGCUAAGAGCUCAGCUUUUGUUGUUGUGUUGAAUACUAUUGUGUGUGAAAAAAGUUAGCAAAUUCCUGUUGUUAAAUCAGCUGAUUAAAAUAUGAAAAGUUCAUAUGAACUGACUGUAUAUAUACUAUUAAAGAUGAUAGACAUAUGUGCUUUAUAUCUGCAAGUGUUCCACUAUUGAUACUUGUGUAUUAUGGUGCAUUUCCAUUUGUGCUACUAUUCUUGUCAUUUGUUUAAAUCAUAUGUGUUGUUUAAUUGUGGAGGAUUUUAUUUAUAAUUUUGGUCUGAAUUUGUCUUUAAUGUACUAGUCCUAUUGAACUAAAUAACAUGUCAAAAUAAUUGUUACUUUUGUUCUGUAAUUACUUUGCUGUUCAAGAUAAAACAUACUAAAAAGAAAGACGAUGCUUA